GUAUAAAAGCCGGCUCUCCUCCGACCUCCAUAGACAGACAGACAGACAGAUAGGCAGGCGGGUCCUGCUCUGCUUAAGUUUAAGGACUGCUCCCACUCUGAACUCCGCACCCCACGCGCUCAUGGUCUGUGCGUGAAGCAAGAUGGAUGUGAACUCCUCGCUGUCGGAGCGCAGCUUGUUCGGCCUCAGCGCGCUGGCCAAGAGACUUUUUGGGAACAUCUCCGUGUUGGAGAACCACACUGCUAAAGCGGGGAAGGAGGAACUGGACGUGAACACGGACAUCUACUCCAAGGUGAUCGUCACGGUCAUCUACGUGGCCCUGUUCGCGGUGGGCUCGCUCGGAAACUCCAUUACGCUUUACACCCUGCUGUCCAAGAAGAGCCUCCAGAACCUGCAGAGCACCGUGCACUACCACCUGGCCAGCCUCGCCGUGUCGGACCUGCUCAUCCUCAUCAUCUCCAUGCCCAUCGAGAUCUACAACUUCAUCUGGGUCCACCACCCGUGGGUGUUUGGGGACGCCGUGUGCAGGGGCUACUUCUUCCUGCGGGACAGCUGCUCGUACGCCACGGCGCUCAACAUCGCCAGCCUGAGCGUGGAGCGCUACAUGGCCAUCUGCCACCCGUUCAAAGCCAAGAGCAUCAUGUCCCGGAGCCGAACCAAGAAGCUGAUCAGCGCCAUGUGGCUCGCGUCCUUCGCGCUCUCCACUCCCAUGCUCUUCAUCAUGGGGCAGACAAUAAGUAAAGACGAAGAGAUCUGCACCACAAUCGUGUCUCAUGGCACAAUGAAGACCGUUCUCCAGGUUAACGCCUUCCUCUCCUUUGUGGCGCCGAUGGUGGUCAUUUCUGUGCUGAACGGGAUCAUCGCCAAUCAGCUGCUGCGGAUGUUUCGUGAGGCUGAGCAGGACAACCGCCUCUGCAUCACGGGGGGGAACGCCACCAUGCUGAGCUUCACAGUGGAAUCCAACCGUGCCCAGUCGCUUCGCCACGGAGUUCUUGUUCUCCGAGUGGUGGUCAUAGCCUUUGUGGUCUGCUGGCUGCCCUAUCACGCUCGCCGCCUCAUGUUUUGCUACGUCUCCGAUUGGUCAAAUGAACUGUAUGACUUCUACCACUACUUCUACAUGCUGACCAACGUCCUGUUCUACGUGAGCUCAGCCAUCAACCCAAUCCUCUACAACCUGGUGUCGGCCACCUACCGCCAGAUCUUCUUCUCCACGCUGCGUUACUUCUUCAUGCCGUGCCGCCGUGCUCCCCGAAGGCAGCCGUAUCCUCUGACCCGCCACUCCAUCAGCAUCUCCAGCAACCACACCCUGUCCACCCACAUGAUUAAAGAAACAGCCUACUGACGACCCAGCUGCCAUCGACCAUCUAAUAGCAGGAACAACCGCCUGACAGGUUCACCAAAAUAAAACCUUGUAUAUUUGAUUCUGAAUUACUUCCACACUUCAACCGAAAAA